CAAACACGCUGUUAGAAUAACUACUUUCCGAUAUAAUUGAUGUACAUGGGCAAACAGGUCGCCAUCAUUAUUCGCGCUGCCGGUUCCCGCUGUCCUAUAGAAAUCAUCAGAAUUUGAAUGGUAGUCCUGGUGCUCUCUUAUUGAAUGCCACCCACGCGUAAUGAAUUCAUGACGCAGAUUUAUGUCAUGAGGUUGGGCAAUGGCUGAUGCGCGCCGAUAGGCCAGUAGCCUCAUUGCAAUGGAGGCCUGCGUUUUGCAUUCCCUGAAUGGGCAAUAACCAUUGACUAUAAUACAAACAUCAAACAGUGCCAUUAUUUGUAGGCAGGUUUGUUACUUCAGCAGGCUAGAAUCUUUGCACCUACUGGAACGAAAUGUCUGAAUCUCAAGAUUCAGUAGAAGCAAGUGGAAGAAUGAAGGGAAUAGCUAUAGUGAAGCCUAUUGUUUACGGUAACUUGGCACGGCCAUUUGGCAAAAAACGGGAAGAAGAUGGACACACCCACGAGUGGACUGUAUAUGCCAAGCCAUACAAAAAUGAAGAUAUGUCUGUAUAUGUGAAGAAAGUACAGUUCAAGUUGCAUGACAGCUAUCCAAAUGCCACCCGGGUGGUCUCAAAGCCACCAUAUGAGGUUACUGAGACAGGCUGGGGAGAGUUUGAGGUCGUCAUCAAGAUAUACUUUGAGGACCCCAAUGAGCGACCGGUGACGCUGUACCACGUGCUGAAGCUGUUCCCGUCGAGCGGCGCGCCGGCGCCGGUGGUGGUCGGCCCUGCCAAGACGCUCGUCUGCGAGUACUACGACGAGAUCAUCUUCCAGGACCCCUCGCUGAUGAUGCAGCAACUGCUCACCGCCACUCGGCAGAUCACGCUCGGGCCGUACAAGCACGAGACUGACUUCGAGGAGAAACGAGCGAAGACGGAGGCGGCGGUGGCGAACGCGAAAGGCAAGGUGAAGUUGGAGAUCGAAGACCUCAGAGACAAGCUAAAGCUCGCCAAAGAAACGAUUGUACGCUUCCGGCUGGAGAUAGAGAAGGUCCAAGCGCUUCAUUGACAGGCUGUGUAGUGUGUUUAGGUAUCGAUGAACCCAACGUGGGAGACUGUAAAACACCAUCGUCAUAUUUGAUGUGUUCAUUUGUGUAUGUGCAUAGGAAUUUUGUAAAAUAUAUCUAAAUUUGGUAA